GUCAUGCCCAUUGGGGGAGUGUCCAAUCGUCCACAGGCAGGAUGGGGGUGGCAAGUGCCGGGUUCCCUUGACGAUUUCGGUGGGCGUGGCUUCUGAGGUGCCAAUCCUGCCGCCGAAGGAGGCGGAAGGGGCCGUGCGCCCGUAUGCCUGGGUCGGGGCCUCCCAUUGGUCGCGAUCGCUACUCAGCCGAAGUUCAUUGGCCGGGUUAUUUCCGGAGGGGCGUGGCGCGGCGGGCACACCUCGGCUUCCCGGGCCGCAGAGGCUGCUCUGCAGGUCCCGGGCCAUGCGGAAAGUCAGCGGAGGGGCCCACGGGGGCGGCGGGGGGCGAGCCCGGCGGCGGAGCGGGGAGCGCGAUCCGCCCCAGGCGUCCCAGACCCGGCCCCUGCUCCGGCGCCGGCUGCUCUGGCCGCCGCUGCCGCUGCCGCUGCUGCUGGUGGCACUGGCCGUGGGCACCGGGCUCUACGUGGCCUGGGCGCCGGGGGGAGGGGGAGGAGAGAGGGGAGGAGGGGAGAAAAAGGGAGGAGGAGUCGGAGAAGCAGAGACGUACCGGAGGAGGAGCAGCGGCGGCAGCCCCGAGCGGCAGUCCCAAUCCCGGCAGGCCCGAAGCCUCCCUGAAGCCCACCUUCGGGCACUGUUAGAACAACUGGACCCCCAGCGCCUCUGGGGCAAGUACCUUCAGCCCCUACUGGUUGAAAGGCCACCAGGCAGUCCUGGGAACUUGAAGGUCCGAAAGUUCUUGGAGGAUGAGCUCCGGGCUCUAGGCGCUGGCUGGCAGGUGGAGGUGGACGCCUUCUCAGCCCCGACCCCACUAGGGCCUGUGGCCUUCGCCAAUGUGGUGGCCACACUGUCCCCAGAAGCCCCCUACCGCUUGACCCUGGCCUGCCACUUGGAUUCCAAGCUCUUCCCUCCAGGUGCACCCCCUUUCCUGGGUGCCACAGACUCUGCUGUGCCCUGUGCUCUGCUGCUUGAGCUCGUCCGUGCCCUUGACCCUCAGCUUGGCCGUUUUAAGGACCGGGGGGCUCCUGUGACCCUUCAGCUCCUUUUCCUGGAUGGAGAAGAGGCCUUGAAGGAGUGGGGGCCAGAAGACUCUCUCUAUGGGGCCCGGCACUUGGCCCAGCGCAUGGAGCAGACACCCCAUGACUUUGGCAUCUCAGAGAUUCAGGCAAUUGAAAUAUUUGUCCUCCUGGACCUGCUGGGAGCCCGUGACCCCAUCAUUAAAAGUCACUUCCCCAACACAGCCCCCUGGUUCCGGCAGCUUAGCUCAAUAGAGAAGCGGCUUCACCGGCUGGGGCUUCUGGCAUCCCAUCCUUGGGAGGUGAUGUAUUUCCAGCCAGGACCACCCUAUGGGGCCGUGGAUGACGACCACACCCCCUUCCUGCGAAGAGGCGUGCCCAUUCUGCACCUCAUCCCCACACCCUUCCCUGCCGUCUGGCACACCCCAGCUGACACUGAGGCCAACCUGCAUCCGCCCACAGUGCACAACCUCAGUCGCAUCCUUGCCAUCUUCCUGGCUGAGUACCUGGGCCUGCUCUAGCCCCUGGACAACGGGCUCCUUUCCUGGCCCCAGGGCCAAGCCAGUUCUGAGCUCCUGCCCCAGCGGGGACCCCACAGACACAUGAUAGCGGUGGAGGAACAGCCAGACUGUGACCCUCAGGGAUCGAUUACACAAAUGUGCUACUGUGAGAAAAUUCCUCCUCGUAUCUCUGGCUUUGUUCAUUUGGUCUGAGGGGCCUGUCCUCAGAGAGCUGCCAGGCUGAGAAGGGCAAGCCACCACUUAUUAAGCACCUACUGUGUGCCUGGCUCUGUGCUAGGGACUGGGAUACAAGGAUGGGAAAGGAAAAAUCCUAGAGAACUUACUGUCUUUGCUAGUAAACAGAGAAGUAAAUACUGGGUCGUUUGGAGAAGGGGAGCAGCAGCCGUGACCCCUGAGCUGAGCCUCCCAGGAAGGGAAGGAGGCUGUUCACUGGGUAGAUGGAGGCACACUGGUCAAGGUUCUGGACUUGGAGUCAGGAAGCCCUGAGUUCAAAUGCUGACUCACACAUACACACACACACACACACACACACACACGUGUGACCCAGAUUUCUCUGGGCCUCAGUUUUCUCAUCUGUAAAGUAAUGACGAUAAUAUCUUCAUAUGAAAGUCUUCCAUUCCAUCCCCCACCCCAGCUGCUGUGGAGAUCACAGGAGGUGACCUAUGUACAAAUGUAGAGUGCUAACCACUACCUAUCACAAUUAUGAUUUACUUUAGCCAAGCUGUAUUAAGCGCCUACUGUGUGUACCUAGCUCAGAACAGGCACUUAGUAGGCACCUACAGGGUCAUUAGGAUGCUCAGACAGCUAUGAUCUUAUUCGGUCCUCAUCACAGCUCAGCUGUGACUAUGAGCAAACUGAGGCCCGGAGGCUUUGACUGUGAACAAUUCCUAGCAUCCUAGCUCCUGGAAGCAUCUGUAAUAGGCACAGUUUCUCUUUUUUUGCUUUUUGGUGAGGCCAUAGGGGUUAAGUGACUUGCUCAGGGUCACACAGCUUGUAAGUGUCAAGUUCCUGAGGCCUCCAAGGCCGAUGCUCAAUCCACUGCACCACCUAGCUGUCCCCUAGGCACAGUUUCUCUCAGGAACCUAUGGGGGAAUCAGCCGAUCCCCUCCUGCGCUGACCUGCUCCCAGAGGUCUCUGGCCACAGAGGGAUGGGGCUCCUGCCGCCCCUUAGUGCAUGGUCAGCUGGGCAUCCCUGGCGGCCGGCCCUCUGGUGCCCAGCAGCCUGGGAGCCUUGUCCCUGAAGGUGAGAUGCAUAGAGGCUACUUGCCCGGUCAGGCCUGGCUGAGCCUGCCAUCCCCUAGGGAGAAGCCCAGGGUCCCCUCUGGGUCAGGAUGGCAGCAGCUGUGGGCAGGGUGUCUCCUUUGUGGCAGGCUCCUUAGAGAGGAGGGCAGUCUUUAUCCAGCCCCGAAAUGUGUUCACCUGUGAGCCUCAAGACACCCUGUAAGGGGUCCGUUUCCAUUUGACAGGGAAGAGUGGUGGAGGGACCUGCCCACGAUCAUUUGGCCGGCCUCCAGAGAUUGCUGCUCUGGUUCAGGCCUCGCAGGAUGAUCAGUGUCACAACAGCCUCCUCCUUCAUUUCCCUGCCUCCACUUUCUCCCCUCUCCAGUGCAUCCUACGCCCAGCUGCCAAAACCAUCUUCACUCUCUUGUUCCAGAAGCUUCUGUGGCUCCCUAUUACCCGCCAGGAUCAAGCAGCUGGCUUCAGCCUGCCUUUCCAGUCACACUGGCUUUUUGCCAUUUGCUGACCUAGCCUUCCAUUUUCCAACUCUGUGCCUCCUUGCCUGCCUGGAAUGCCCUCUCCUGUCCAAUCCCCGGCUUCCUUCCAGGCUUAGCUCCUUUCCUGACCCCGGCAUUCUGCAGAUUCCUUCCGCUGUGUUGUCUCGCUGGGCCCCACAGAAGAGCCCUGGGAGACGGGGACUGUUGUGCUUCCAUUUCACAGAUGAGGAAACUGAGGCACACAGCAGCUUAACAAGUGUCUGCUGUAGGAUUCGAACCCAGGCUAUCAGUGCUCCCUUCCUCCUCCUUAAAUGGGCCUGAACAUACUUAGGUGUUGGCAAGUUGUCAUAUAGAGUGUAAGCUCUGGGAGGGCAGAACCGAGUCUCCAUUUUUUGUCGUUGUAUUCCCUGCACAGAGGGCCUUAAUAAAUGCUUGGAAGUGUCUGAGGCAGGACCGAGCCUACACUGCCUCUCCUUAGCAAGUGCAACAGAAGAAGGGCAGGCCUUCGACACCUGGGUGGGAUAAAAUACAUAUGUUGUUUUGAAUUAGUAAA